GUUUGCAAUUCCAUUACCAUCAAACUGACGUGACGGCAAAAAUAUUUUCGAUAAUAAAAAAAAUUGCUUAAAAUGUAAAUUUUUGUGGAAAUUAAUAGACGAAAACCACGUAUAUCAAGUGAAAAUAAGUGAAUAAAAUUAACUUUGCUUGCUUAAGAAAUUUUUCUUCGAUUCUAAACGAGUUUUGAGAAUACGGCAAAAAAAAAAUCAAACAAAAAGAAAAAUACAUUGAUUGUGCUGCUGCUGCCGACCGACCGACUCCAAAAUAAAAAAACAUAUAUUAUAUGCGAAAAAAGUGAGUGUGUUUGAAACGCAGCUAAUAUUUGGUCGUCCGUCACAAAACAACAAAAGAAGAAAAGCAAUCAAAACAACAACGAGGUAGAAAAACUAAACUAAAAAAACGAGAUUCACUCUACUCAUACACAAGAUACAACCAGAAGAAAUACAAAAACGAAUAUAAUACAGAAAAAAAGAUCAAGGAAAAAAAGAAACAAUUGUGGAAGUUUUACACCAAGAACUAUACAUAAGAAAUUCUUCUUUGAGAAUUGUAAGAAAAUUGCAUUCAUUAUUAAUUUCUGUUACAAAGAAUAUAAAACGCAAUUCCUUUUGGUCGAGUAACCAGCAAAGAACGCAUUGUGUCACAAGGGAAGUAGGCAGAAAAGAAAAAUUAAAACAAAAUAAAGCAAAAAAAGAAGAAAAACAAAACGCCAUUCAAGUGUGAGUAGCAAAGAAAAUGGAAAUUGAGCCAGAUCAAUCGAUGGAAGCUAUGGACAUACAAGAAAUCGAUUCUUUACCCGGUGCUGAGUUACAUCAACAACAGCAUCUUCAGAAACUACACUUGCCACCCACGGCGGGUGGUCAACAACAAUUGCCCAAUGAGAAUGGUAAUGUACCACCCCAGCAGCUAUUAGCCGACUCUGGUUCACCCUAUACAAACGAGCAAGAAAUGACAGCGCUCGACGACGGUCCCAAAGAGGACGAAUUCCGUUCGGAAGCCACCUUCUCGUAUACGGUGGAAAAAAUUGCCCAACUUAAGACACAACAGCUAUCGCCACCAGUGUAUGUGCGCAUGUUACCUUGGAAAAUCAUGGUCAUACCUAAUGAGCGGGCUCUAGGCUUCUUUCUACAGUGUAAUGGUGAAAAUGAUUCACCCUCGUGGUCUUGCAAUGCCAUUGCUGAUCUGCGUUUGAAGAGUCAUAAGCCGGGUGCUAAACCCUUCUCACGUAUGCGCAUCAAACAUUUGUUCUAUGCCAAGGAGAAUGAUUACGGUUAUUCGAAUUUUAUUACCUGGCAAGAACUGCAAGAUCCUGAAAAUUGUUACAUCCACAAUGGCGCCAUUACUUUAGAAGUAUUUGUUCACGCCGAUGCGCCUCAUGGUGUUCUCUGGGAUUCUAAGAAACAUACGGGCUAUGUGGGCCUUAAGAAUCAAGGCGCCACCUGUUACAUGAAUUCCCUCCUACAGACUCUAUACUUCACCAAUCAACUGCGUAGAGCCGUCUACAAGAUACCCACUGAGGCAGACGAUAGCACCAAAUCGGUGGGUCUUUCACUGCAGCGCGUUUUCCACGAACUACAAUUCAGUGACAAACCAGUCGGCACCAAAAAACUAACAAAGUCUUUUGGUUGGGAGACACUCGAUUCGUUUAUGCAACACGAUGUUCAAGAAUUUCUACGUGUUCUUCUCGAUAAGUUGGAGUCAAAGAUGAAGGGCACCAAUUUAGAGGGUACCAUUCCGGGUUUGUUCGAAGGCAAAAUGUCCUCGUACAUCAAGUGUAAGAAUGUCGAUUAUAAUAGUACUCGCUAUGAGACAUUCUACGAUAUACAAUUGAAUAUUAAGGAUAAAAAGGAUAUUUAUGAAUCAUUUCAAGAUUAUAUAACACCAGAAACAUUGGAGGGAGAUAAUAAAUAUGAUGCCGGCGUUCAUGGUUUACAGGAAGCCAACAAAGGUGUACAUUUCACAUCAUUCCCGCCAGUUUUACACUUGCAUUUAAUGCGUUUUCAAUACGAUCCUGUUACCGAUAGUUCGAUUAAAUAUAACGAUCGCUUUCAAUUCUACGAACAAAUCGAUCUUGAUCGUUUUCUCGAGAAAGAAGGCGAUACUAAGGCAGAAUAUAUAUUACAUGCUGUUUUAGUACAUUCGGGUGAUAAUCAUGGAGGUCACUAUGUUGUCUUUAUUAAUCCCAAAUGUGAUGGCAAAUGGUAUAAGUUUGAUGAUGAUGUUGUAUGCAGCUGUAGGAAAAAUGAAGCAAUCGAAAUGAAUUAUGGUGGAAUGGAUGAGGAAGUAUCGUUCCAUGCUAAAUGUAGCAAUGCUUAUAUGUUAGUCUACAUACGAAAGUCGGAAAUUGAACGUGUACUCAGUGAUAUACCGGAACAUGAUAUACCCAGUGAACUAGUCGAUCGUUUGGAAUUGGAGAAACGCAUUGAGAUGGCACGGCGUAAAGAACGCAGCGAGGCUAAUUUGUAUGUAUCUAUACAUGUAAUACUGGAGGAGUAUUUUGAGGCCCAGCAAAAGCGACGUCUCUUUGACUUGGACAAGGUGCACCAGAGGUUAUUCAAAAUGAAACAGACCCAGACUAUUGAGGAAAUGAUGGAUCAAUUUGUUAAAUCAUUUUGUGUACCUAAAGAACGCAUGCGUGUUUGGAUAAUGUACGUUACACAAACACAAAAGUUUCUUUAUUUCGAUUUCCAGCGUGAAGGUAAUCGUUCGAUUGAACAAAUCGCUAGUUCACAGAAACCCUGGGUUAUAUUUUUGGAAUUGGCUCCACCCGACAAGCCAAGUCGUGCACUGCCGACAUUUGAUCCCAAAAAAGAAGUUUUAAUCUUUUUCAAGUAUUACGAUGCCCGCAACAAGCGACUCAACUAUAUCGGUUGUUCUCAGCAGCCAUUGGGCAAGCGGCUAGUUGAACUAGUGCCCGAUAUUAACACACAUUUGGGCUUUGAGCGCGACACCGAAUUGACUGUAUUUGAUGAGUGUAAUGAUCAGAAGAUCACCAAUUUGAAUGAAUCGUUAGAGACCGUUUUGUGUUUACAUCCCGACAAUGCAGAUCGCGGCAGUCUCCAGGGUUAUAUUUUGAUUUUCGAAAAGGAACAUAUUGAUCCGAAAUUGGAAUUACCCACGGUCAUUGAUUACUUUAACGAUUUAGUGUAUCGAGUGGAAAUAACCUUCUGCGAUAAAACCAAUCCAAACGAACCGGAAAUUGUGCUAGAGCUUUCGAACCGUUAUACAUACGAUCAAAUGGCACAAGCAGUGGCCGAGCGUUUAAAUACAGAUCCAAAUAAAUUGCAGUUCUUUACUUGUACCGGUAGCUACAAGGAUCAACCAGGCACUGCGAUUCAAUAUAACCAGAAAGGUUGUCUUAAAGAUCUGUUAGUGUCCACUAAGCAAAGCAAUACCAAAAAGCUUUUCUAUCAAAGACUGUCGCUCAGCAUCCAUGAACUUGACAAUAAGAAACAAUUCAAAUGCAUUUGGGUUUCAAAUGACCUUAAGGAGGAAAAAGAAUUGGUAUUGUAUCCCAAUAAAAAUGAUACGGUUAAGGGUUUAUUGGAUGAAGCCGCCAAGAAGAUACAAUUCUCUGAGAACAGCUCAAAGAAGUUGCGUCUUUUGAAGGUGAAUAAUCACAAGAUUUCUACGAUUUUCAAAGAGGACAUACCGCUUGAAUCUCUGCAAAAGACCACUGAACCCAUAACACCUCAGAGUACUCAAAAAACGUUCCGUAUUGAAGAAGUGCCUCUUGAAGAUAUACAGCUGGCUGAAAAUGAAAUACUUAUACCGGUUGCUCACUACAGCAAAGAAAUCUUUAGUGUUUUCGGAGUGCCAUUCCUAAUUAAGGCGCGGCAAGGUGAACCCUACGGAGCCCUAAAGCAACGCAUACAGAAGCGCCUCAAUGUGCCCGACAAGGAAUGGGAGAAUUAUAAAUUUGCCGUUAUCGGUGGCAAUACGCCGGACUUUAAUGACAACACACCAAUCGAUAUAAAUGUCUAUCGUUCCUGGAAUGGUAAUGCGCCCUUCUUUGGACUCGAUCACAUCAACAAAUCACGCAAACGAACAUCAUUGAACUUCUCCGAAAAAGCCAUUAAAAUUUAUAAUUAAUUUUAUCUAAAAGCAACAGAAAAACACCCUACAACACACACACACUCACGUAAAAAAAUCAAUCACAUAUGAAAAUUUUAAAAUUCAGUUUAAAAAGAUAAUUAACCAGAGAAGAUCAUGGAGGAAUCAACAAGACACAUGGAGGAAUCAAGAAAAAUAUACUAAAGCGAGAUAAAGAGAAGAGAACAUUAGAGUAGAGCGUGAACUACUUACUACCCACAAGGAAAGCUAAUAUGUUGCAACACAAAGUGAAGUAACAAAUAAACAGAAGAACCAACCAGCUGAAAACAUGAAAAAGCAACCGAUAAGUCAUCAUUACCUUUAAGGGACAUUAUGGGAAAACAACAAAACAAACAAUUUAUUAUCAGAAUAUGCCUGCUAAACUAAAAUAAUAAUUUAAAAAAUAAUAAAACAAAAACCGUUUCAUAAGAAUGAAGUAUAAUACAUCAUUUAAAUUUUUAUAAAUAAGUACUAUUAUUCAAUAAUUAAUGAUAAUGAAAAAC